GCCUCCCCAACGUGGAUCCUGCAGGUGGGCGGGAACUCAACCCCAUUUUCUAUUUAUUUUGCUUCCAAAAAUUCUCAAGUUUCUAUAUCUUUCGUACAAUUUUUAACUUUUACAGUCAUUUGAGAUUUGAGUUUUAGAAUCUCUGCACAAGGAAAAGGAAAAGGGACGAAAAGACUAGAUCAACAACAUCAAAGCAGAGAACGGCUUCAGAGGCAUUUUCUGUAAUGGGAACCAUGCAAGUGGGAAUGUAUCUACACAUCAGGGGCAAAUUUGUUAAAGAUCCAUAUUUGAGGUAUGCUGGAGGUACCUUUCAGAGUAUGUGGUUUGACUAUGGUAACAUAGAUGUUGCUGGAUUUAGAGCUAAACUACAAGGCUUAAAUAUUGACAUUGAUGGAAUGAGUGAUUUUGUUUGGUAUAAGCACCCAAGGAAGAAACUUGAAAAUGGACUUGUUUUAAUAGUGUCUGAUGAAUUGGUUCAUGACAUGUUCCAACUACUUUUUGAACAUGGAUAUAUGGAUGUCUAUGUGGAACAUGAGGCAGAGGUAUUAAAACAAUUAGGCAAAUCUGGGCCCCACAAUGGUAGUGGGGCAUCUUCAGUAAAUGUUGUUGUGGGGGCUUCUGAGGUGGUGGGAGGUUAUGUUGUAAAUUUGCAUAAAUCAGAGCCUUUUUUAAAUGAUGAAGAAGUCCUUGGUUGUCUCACUCAAGAUAGCCUCAUAUCAGGAGAACAAGCCAUUACUACUGUAAGAGAACAAACCAAUACUACAACAACAAGCUCAAACCAAAUAGUGCAGGAGGCAGAACUUAGUGGUGAUGAGUUCAUAAAUGUUCCUUGGCUAACUGAUAACGAGGAUGAAGAAUGGCAAGAGGCAAGGAAACAAAAUAGGCUGUUAAGGUCUCAAUUUGGUGGUAGGUUUGAAGGGGAAGAAGAAACAGCAUUGUUGUUAUUUGACCCAACACAAGAUGUUGCUGAAGGACAUAGUGAUUCCACUGAUUCAGAUGACAAUGUUAGCUUUGUCACUACCAGUGAUGAUAGUGAGGCUGAUGAAGCUAGAAGGAGGAGGUCACAACACAAGAUCUUUGAUGACACUUUCCUCAUUCUAGAAUUUGAAAUUGGUAUGCAUGAAGAACUGCAUCUUGAGAUUGCUAUUAGUCAAGCUCGGAGAGCAAAGCAACUCAUUAUUAAGGAGUUUCAAGGUGAUUGCAAGAAGGAAUAUAGUAAGUUAUUUGAUUAUAGACGAGAAAUAUUGACAAGAAAUCCAACAAGCACAGUUGAGAUUUAUGAGGAAAGGCCUACACCUGAUUCGAAUCCUGUUUUCAUAAGGUUUUAUAUAUGUUUUGCUGCUUUGAGAGAAGGUUUUUUAACUGGGUGCAGACCUAUUAUUGGUCUUGAUGGAGCUUUCCUCAAAGGUCCAACUAAGGGACAAUUACUAUCAGUAGUAGCUAAAGAUCCAAAUAACCAAAUGUAUUCAGUUGCUUGGGCUAUAGUAGAAUGUGAAAGAACAGACAGUUGGACAUGGUUCCUAAAACUUUUGGGGACUGACUUGAUGAUAGGUGAUGGAGAAAACUUCACAUUUUUGUCUAAUCAGCAAAAAGGUCUAAUUAAUGCAAUCCAAAGCUUAUUCCCUAGAGCUGCACAUAGGAGAUGUGCUAGGCAUAUAUAUGCAAAUUUUAGGAAGCAGUACAAGGGUAAGCAGUUAAAAAAGUGGUUCUGGAUAACUGCUAAAUCAACUACUGUUGUAGAAUUCAGGAGAAAUAUGGAAGAAAUUAAUAAGUUGAACCCUACAGCAAAAGAGUAUCUCAUGCAAUAUGAUCCAAAGUAUUGGUGCAAGGCAUUCCUUGAUACUCAUUGCAAAUGUGAUGCUGUUGAUAACAAUAUGAAUGAGACCUUCAAUGGAUUUAUUCUUGAUGCAAGGCAAAAGGUUGCUAUGUCUUUGCUAGAGGACUUAAGAGCCCUUGUGGAAUAUGAGAUCAAAGAAAGAAAUGACUCAUUUGUGGUUAAUGUUCGUGACCAUACAUGCACCUGUAAGGUAUGGCAACUCAAUGGCAUUCCUUGUAGACAUGCCAUGCUUGCCAUCCAACAUAGAGAGGAAAACUUUGAAGACUAUGUGCACCCUUGCUAUAGAAGACAAGCAUACAUUAACACAUACAAGCAUUGCAUAAUUCCUCUAGAUGGCAUGGAAAGAUGGGAAGAAACCGACAUGCCUGCACUUGAUCCACCAGUGGAAAGGAAGACGACGGGCAGACCUAAAAAGAAAAGGCAUCCUGAAGAUUGGGAAAUUUCUAAUGGAUCUAACAUUAGUAGAAAGGGUAGGAUCAUGAUCUGUCGAGUUGAAGAGUCAUCCUCCACUCAAGCAAGAGUUGCUGGAGGUGUUGAAAUGCAACUUCAACAAGUUGCUAGAGGUGUUCAACUGGAAAUGCAACCAGAAAAGGAACUACUUGCUGCUAAUGUUCAACUGCAACUUCAUGCAGAAAAUCAGCUACUUGCUGCUGAUGUUCAACCAGAAAAUCAACUACUUGCUGCUGAUGUGCAAGAUCAAACUGGUAAUCUCAGUUCAAAUUUAAUGGGAAGUCAACAAGCCAAAAAAGGAAGGAAAAAAGAUGCCAACAAUUCUGUCCAGUGUCCACCUGAGCUACCACAAGAGUUCAAACGAAAAUGUCAACACAAAAGAAAGGCAAAACCCAUAAUUAAAGAACUAGUUGUUGAAUUUGGGGGUGGCGCAAUUAAUAUUGAAGUCAAUGAAGUGCAUGUGCAUGGUAAGGGGAAAGCUGUCCAUGGCAACAAGGGGAAAGUUGUCCAAACCACCAAAAAGAAAAGUAGAAGAAUCUUCUCAGUCCCAAGGAAAAAACCAAAAGUUUCUGCAAAGGCUUCUGUGGAGUCUACUGUUCACACAACUGUUCAUGCCCCUGCUCAUGCCACUGUUCAUGCCCCUGUUCAUGCCCCUGCUCAUGCCACUGUUCAUGCCCCUGUUCAUGCCACUACUCACGCCCCUGCUUCAAAUUUGCAUGAGUUCUUCAAUAUUGAAAGUGUCUCAAUCCACAAUGCAAUGAGGAACUCUCAACCCCAACCCCAACUACAAUAUGAAAAUGAGUCUUCCUCCUCUAGGCAUCAACAAGGAUCCAAACAGAGAGAGAUUGUUACAUAUCAACAAUUAGAGGCACAGAGGUUUGUAAGACUCAGGGCAAUGGAGCAACGUAGAUUGGAUGAAAUGGAGUUGGCAAAUUGGAGUGCUCUAAUUCAAGCUAUGGGUUCUAUUGAUGAUGGAAAUAAUUGUCCUUAAAGUAUUUUAGGGUGUAUUUUGGUUGUUAUAACCAGUUACAAAAGUGCUAGUCAAGCCAUAUUUCUGGAUUUUCGUGGAACUUAAUCAUAGGCAAGUAGUAUGUAUUAAGGCAGAAACUUGGCUCUUUUUUUUUUUGACAGACUGUCACGCCCCAGAACCCAAAUCUGGA